UCCUUCUCUUUCCGCAACUUCCAAACAAAGCCUAGAGCAAGAACCGCUGUUGGGUAACCGGUCUUCAACCUCAAUUCCAGACACAGACCAUUUUCCCCCAAGUUCCCGAGAAAACAUUUUCCCGUGAAAAUGCCCAAUCAGGACGACAUCCGUAAUCUCCCCAUCGACAUUGCUUUCGCUCGCCUCGGAGAAUGGUUGGUUGAUCGGAAGAGAAUACCGUCCGAUUGGCGAAAACGGCUGGCGGCAGUGAGAGCUAAGGUGUCGGCGGCGUUUUCUUCGCUCCCCAAGGAUAUCGAUCCUUACUUCCAAACCCUAGACCCCGAAGGAAUUGGUUACUUGGAAGCCAAACAAAUAUAUGAUAUUCUUCUGAAGUCAGCUCCAGAAAGCCGUAAUAUUUUUGGCCGGCUUUCAGGUGCUUCUGGUACUUGGGAGUCGAUUGUGCGAUCAUUCGAGAAAGAUCAUAUUUACCUUGGGGAGGCUGCACAGACAAUGGUUCAAAAUGUUAAUUACGAAAUCCCAUAUCAGAAGAAGCAGGUUCAAAGGACUCAGCAGCAACUUUCUGAACUAGAGCGCAAGGAAGCUGAUAUUAAAAGAAAUGCAGCACUUUCAGCUGCUAAAUUUUUGGAGGCUUGUCAAGAGCUAGGAUUGCAGGGAACAAAUGUGAGGUUGGAACUGUUAGAAACUGCAAAGACAUCUCUCCCAAACACAUUUAAGAGGAUUCUGGAAGUUUUAAGCGGUGAUUCUGUGUCGCAGGCCAUUGAGUUUUAUUCAAGUUUUAUCCGAGAUGUGCAUUCUGAAAAGGAUAAAGCUGUGAGGACUGUUUUACCAAAUCUAAGGAACAUUCUUGAAAAUCCCCCUUCUCUGAGUGUUUCUCUGGGCUCUGAAGUUCUUGAUACAAUGAAAGUUGAAGCCAGUGUUGAUGAAUCAAACAAUGCAACAGGGGACAUGGAUGUUGCAGCUGAUAUUAUUGAUUGGGAUAUUACUGUCGACAGCUCUCAGAUUGAUUGGGAUAUUGGUACUGUGGAAGAAACAGAUGAUGCUGGCAAUGGAUUGGGUCCUUAUGAGAUGGUGAAUGCCAGUGAGAUUUUUCCAAAUUCUUCACCAAAUGAGGGUGUGGAAUCUGAUAUGACAUUGACAAACAAAGAGGAAGAUGGCCUAGUGCCAGACGUUUCUGUAUUGGAUAUAUCUUGGGAUAUUGGUGUUGAACAUCCUCAAGUUGAUUUAAUUAAAGAUGCCGGCUUGUCAAACACAGUGCCAGAAUAUCAUACAUCUAUUCCAGAUAUAGCGACUGAAAACCAGGGAAUUCCCCAACAGAAGAGCCAGCUUUUGGAAACGGAGUACAGGAAUAAGGUUCUCGAUGACUUAUUUGAGAUUAAAGCGUUCUUGUAUCAACGGUUGAUGGAGUUGACAAAUGACGAAACUCUGUCCUUACAACAUCAAGUCCAGGCAGUUGCUCCUUUGGUGUUGCAGCAGUAUGCUUCUGACACAAUUCAGAAAAUGCUAUCUGAUGUCUCUUCGGCCAUCUCUUCAUUGACCAAUAGAAAAACUCGGGAUCUGAUCAUGAUUCUCAACUCAAAAAGAUUUCAAGAUAGACUAGUGAGUACGCUAGAGGAAAAGAAACUCCAUGAAGUGAAGCUAAAGGAGGGUUUGAAGGACUUGGCUGUGAAACGCAUGGAGCUUCAGAAUUCAUUGACAUCAUUGUGGCCAAAGCAGGAAGCAGUGGUGGCAAAAACCAGAGAGUUGAAAAGGCUUUGUGAGAGUACAUUGUCAACCAUGUUUGAAGGAAGACCUGUCAAUAUAAUAGGGGAGAUCAAUGCUCUGUUAAGCAGUAGUCAUACUGCAUAGAUUUGCUUUCUGUUCAGAAAAAAGAAAAAAAAAAAUACUGCAUAAAUCGUCGGCCAACAGAUAGCUAGUGUAACGUCAUCUUAUAGAUUCAAAUUAGCAAUAUACUCUUUUCAGCAACUGAUCAAAGAACUCAAAUUCUAGUGCUCGAUAAGCAUUUCAGAAGCCAUCUUUUGUGUUCAUUC